CCGUCCUCUUUUAAUUUCAGUUCCGUUGGAGCCGAGUUUGAUUAGGAGUCAGAGAAAAGGGGUACUAUGGCUGAUGGAGGGGACAUUGAGGGAGAUGUUGAUGACCCACCCAACAUGGGGUAUCCACUUGUAACUGUCUCGGAUCUUCCCAGCAGCACCGUUGCAGGCCGGAAUCUGAAGGAAUGGCUGCAGGAGCAGUUUUGCGAUAAGCCUCUGGAACAGUGUGAGGACAUGCGGCUUCACAACGCGGCCUAUGUGGGUGACCUGGACACGAUCAAAAGUCUUCUACAAGAGGAGAGCUUCAAACAGCGGAUUAAUGAGAAGUCCGUCUGGUGCUGUGGUUGGCUGCCUUGCACUCCGCUGCGCAUCGCCGCCACCGCUGGGCACGGGGACUGCGUAGGGUACCUGAUUGGCCAGGGGGCCGAGGUGGACCUGGUGGACGUGAAGGGGCAGACGGCUCUGUACGUGGCGGUGGUGAACGGGCACUUGGACUGCGUGAGGAUUCUCCUGGAGGCCGGGGCAGAUCCAAACGGGAGCAGGCACCAUAGAAGCACACCCAUUUACCAUGCAGCACGUGUGGGCAGAGUGGAUAUUCUACAAGAGCUGAUAAGGUUUAACGCUGACGUUGACGUGGAUCAGCAGCUGGGUCCCAGACCGUUGUUCAGUGCUCGCACUCUCUCCACACUGGUGGUGUGUCCGCUCUACAUCAGCGCAGCCUACCAUCACCUCCACUGCUUCCGGCUGCUGCUGCAGGCGGGGGCCAACCCAGACUACAACUACACGGGCCCGGUGAGUCGGGAAGCCCUGGGCCGGGGCCUGGCCUCCUGUCUGCUGGAUGCCGUGCUGAGACACGGCUGUGAACCGGCCUUCGUCGGCCUCUUGCUCGACCACGGAGCGGAUCCGUACCUCGUGCCCUGGGAGGAGCCGGACCCAGACGCCAUGGGGCGGGUCAGGGUGAACCCUGAGGCCCUGCGCAUCUAUCAGGAGGCCAGGAGAUGUCCGAGGAGACUGACUCACGUCUGUCGCAUCACUAUCAGGAGGACCAUGGGUAAAUCACGCCUGAGACACAUCUCAAGCCUCCCGCUGCCCGACGCCAUAAAGAACUUCCUGCUUCACCAGGCCUGACUCUGGCCCACGGCCGGCGCUAGACUGGAUUACAUGUGAAGGCUUAUUAGCGGUGGUUUUUGUUUUGUUUUGUUUUGUUUUGUUUUUUAAGCGAAGGACCUGACCCUGGCUUCUUGCAGUCCAUAUGUGCGAGAGUGUUUGUGUAAUAGUAGACAGCGAGUGAUAGUCUUGUGUGCUCUGCUAUUUUGACAAUGAGUUUGAGGAUUUGUUAAAAAAAAAAAAUAAUGUUCAGCUAUCAUAUACGCUGUGAUGCUGCUGGUGUUGGUUCUGGCACUUUAAACACUUUUGAUUAGAGGUCAGAGAGGUGAUAAAACACAUUGUUUUCCAAAGGCACACUUUAUCACUCUUUACCUGCACCAUUUUACCACUUUGCAUGUGGACACUGGUUUUUGGAGUGUUAUUCAGUAUUUGGCAUUUUACAAUACACAAGACAGCUGUCUCAAGAUAUUUAAUGGGGAUGUGAUUAAAUUACAUGCUACUUAAAGUGUUAGAAGCUACUUCUUUCAUCUGAUUAAUUUAAUUUAUGUCUUUUCUUGCUCUCAGUUGCCACCAUGGAGUGGCACUGCUGUGGUUUUCAGGACUUGGACUUUGUAAUUUGAUAUUAUUUGUUGUC